ACCAAAGACUCAGGACGAAGAAGGAGACAGAGACAGUGAGACACCAUGGAAAGGAGCAACAACGACGACGCAUCAGAAAUCGAGAAAGUGGAAUUCGAUGCUUCGGAGGUUGAAUACGUCAGUUAUGGCGGCGAGCAUCACCUACCUCUAGUCAUGAACCUCGUCGACCAAGAACUCAGCGAACCUUACUCCAUCUUCACGUACCGUUACUUCGUCUAUCUCUGGCCUCAGCUUUCUUCCCUGGCGUUCCACAAGGGUAAAUGUGUGGGUACGGUGGUUUGUAAAAUGGGGGAACAUCGUAACACUUUCAGAGGGUAUAUUGCUAUGCUCGUUGUGAUCAAGCCUUAUAGAGGAAGAGGCAUUGCUACAGAACUUGUUACUAGGUCUAUCAAGGUGAUGAUGGAAUCAGGUUGUGAAGAGGUUACAUUGGAAGCAGAAGUCACAAAUAAAGGAGCACUUGCACUCUAUGGUCGCCUUGGCUUUAUUAGGGCUAAGAGGCUCUUUCACUACUAUUUGAAUGGAGUUGAUGCUUUUCGUCUGAAACUUUUAUUUCCCUGUCCAGAGUUGCACCCAUCUCUUCCUAUGAUGGCAGAUAAAUAUGAGAGCCAUAUGCAUAGUGAUCAUGGUGAUGCACCACUUGGAGAAUGAUUUGAUUCCAUCAAUGAUUGUGUAUUCCGCACGAAACAAAAAACUUUUUGAGCAUAUUGCUCUAUAAUUGAUUUCUCAUAUCAAUUCUAAUAUAAAUUUUUGUAGAAUAAUCCCUUUU